AUGGUUAACUUUUGUGCCGUUUUUGGCUGUUCUAACCGUUCAAAUAGAAACAAAGACAAGAGAUUUUUCAGAUUACCUGCUACUAAAGGUAAUGUGGGCCAGAAAAUCAAAAUGCUUCAAGAAAAACGAAGAAAAGAGUGGUUAAAACGAAUCAAACGCGAAGACCUCACGCCAGACAAAUUUGCGAACGCUCGUGUUUGUAGUGACCACUUUGUAUCAGGUCAACCAUCAUCAAUACAAGACAGUGACUCGGAAGACUGGGCGCCAAGUAUUAAACUUGGCCACAAUUCUGUCAAAAAGCCUGAUAGAAAGAGAAAAGAAAGGUAUAAUGUUAUAGAAGAAAAAAGAAGACGAACGGCUAGUGCUGAGGCUCUUAUUCAACUUCAACAUUCUUGUGAACCAGUACAAGACAUCGAAACUCAAGUCAGCUGUGAUGACAAUGAAGUACUGUGCUUAGCUCUAAGUCGCACAACUAMAUGUACAACGUCUACAGAAACCAUUACAAAUGCUAUUCAAUGUUGUGAAAUCGGUACUCAAACAGACAUGAACGCAGAUGACAUAAAAUCAUUGGAAGUUGAACUGAAGUUUUUGAGGGAAGAGAAUUCACAACUAAAACGAGAGCUGAAACAGGUGUGUCUGGAUGAGGAUGGGCUACGUGAUAAAGACGAAAAAGUGUUAUUUUACACUGGACUACCGAGUUGGAACUUACUUUACUGUCUUUUCAAUUAUAUUUUGCCAUACAUGUCACAGUCAAGCAGAUGCACAUUAAGCCCCUUCAAAAGGUUCCUCUUGACACUAAUAAGAAUGAGACUGAACUUAUCUGGUAAAGAUCUUGCCUACAGAUUUGGAGGAAUUCAUGAAACUACUGUUUCAAGGACAUUUCUGCAGGUCAUUGAUGUACUCUAUCAAAGACUCAGCCCUUUGAUUUAUUGGCCAGAAAGAGAAUCACUACUGAAAACCCUCCCUAUGGAUUUUCGCAAACAUUGCCCUAGUUGUGUGGUUAUUAUUGACUGCUUUGAGAUCUUCUUAGACAGGGCAACAAAUCCACUUGCCCGUGCGCAGACAUAUUCAACUUACAAACACCAUAAUACAGUUAAGUACCUCAUUGGUAUUACACCGCAAGGCAGUGUCAGUUUCAUUUCCGAUGGCUGGGGGGGAAGAGUAAGCGAUAAACAUUUAACAGAAGAAAGUGGACUGCUUGAUCACUUACUUCCUGGAGAUGUAAUCCUUGCAGACAGAGGGUUUGACAUACAGGAAUCUGUUGGUCUAUACUGUGCAAGAAUAAAGAUACCUGCUUUCACUAAAGGGAAGAAACAGUUGAGCGGAAUUGAAGUGGAACAAACACGGAGGAUUGCUAAUGUACGGAUACAUGUAGAGAGAGUGAUUGGCAACAUCCGCAAGAAGUAUGGGAUCUUAAGCGCCACCCAACCUAUUGACUUUGCUGUAGCUAGAAAUGGUGAGAAGGCCACAUUAGAUAAGAUUGUUACUGUAGGCUGUGCUCUCACCAACCUUUGUGACUCUGUUGUACCUUUUGAAUGACUUUAAAAAUCGACAUUAACUUCACUUUUUAUACCAUUGAACCCCAAAAAGAUAAAA